UGUAUCAUGCAGAGUCCAUUUCACUAGGUCAUCCAGCCAUUAAAUUAGCACAAUCAGAAACGGAUGAAAAGGCUCAAAAAGAAACGUACUAUCUUGUAAUGGAAUAUGCAAAUAACGGAAACUUACGAGAAUAUCUACGAAAUAAUAAAUUAGAAUGGCCGGAAAAAAUCCCAUUAACGAGCCAAAUAGCUGAAGGAAUGUUUUAUCUUCAUAAAAUUGAUAUUAUACAUCGUGAUUUGCACACUGCAAAUAUUCUUAUUCAUAAUGAAGACGUUAAAAUUUCGGAUUUUGGAUUUUCAAAAAAUCUUAAUACUACAGCAGUAACCAGUAGUAAAGAAUUGUAUGGUGUAAUUCCUUUUAUUGAUCCUC